UAUCGUGAGACCUGUCUUCCGCGAGCAAGCGCCUUACGUUGUCCUUCGAAGCGCUCCUCGACGGAGCAAAUUCAUGCGGGGAUUUAUACCAAUAGGGCCGACUCGGAAGAAAGAUCGGACACCCAUGUUUUUACGCUGCACUUGCGAUAACGUAACAACCCGGUAGGCUGCUUAUCUCAACUGUUUUAUUACAGGUUACCGUGUUCGUCUACAGUCCCCAGAAACGCGAUGCGUUCCUCUCAUCGUGCUCGUCUCAAGACGACCAUCACAAGCACGUGCGCGCUCUAAUGUGGUGACAAUGUGACGCCGCUCAAUUCUCGCUUAUGCUCUGCUCGUUUGUAUUGUGUGUUGAAACUGAGCUGCCAACAACAUUUGAUGGCUCCGUGCAUUAGCCGGCGCCUCAAGGAUUCCUGUGUGAUGGACGCCAGUGACACGCCGACGUCUGUUUUUUGCAUGCUCGGCAGUUCGUCCGGUUAGAACUGACAGCAUGCCUGGUAACAAUAUAAUGGCUGGAAGCGUUGAAACGGUCCUCACGGACUUCACGCACGGUGUUGCGCCAGAAUUGCGUUUCUGAUUUCAGCAGCGUUUUUGCACACUUGCAGCGGCAAGAAGCAACUCAGAAAAGGCUGGUCAAUCUAUGUAGGGCACGCUCCGGGACCAUCGCGACGCCACCAGCUCCGGGAGGGGGGGGGUGGGAGGGAAAUUCCCCUUCCCACGAAGAGCACGGGUUUUUUCCGGGUCGCGGUCGCAGAUGCAAGCUGAGCAGAUGCGUUCCCUGCGCCUGGCGAAACAGGAAUCACGCAAAGAGGUCGACGAGAAGGCGAGCACUGCCGUCAGCAGACACCGGUCGCGUCCAGGGACACUCGAAGGCAGUCUGCUAGACAGUCCUUCCGAUAACAGCAGAGACCUCUCGACUUAGCUCAACUUGCGAGACUGACUGGGGAAAUUCUCGGUGUCCCCAGUCAGUCUCGUCCCGACAGUCGAAACUGAAGCGACUCACACGGGUUUUCGAGAAAGACCGCUUACCAAUCAGCAGACGCCGAUAUUGCGUGCGCUGCGAGCGAGCGGUGGUCACAAUUCCGCGAUAACGCGAGAGACGCCAGUCGACACGGAGACGAAGAAUUAAGAUCAGCUCUGCAAAAGUGGGAAUAUGAAAGGGCAGUUUACGAGGAGAUAGCAUGGAGCUUCGUGUUCUUGACGCAGGUCCUUUUCAAAGGGAAAUUCUGGACCACGGCGGCCUCCAUCAGCACACAAGCCUGAUGAAAGCGUAGUGCGCUAGAUCGGGGGGGGGCACGGACCGUUUGGCCACAAGAUGCCCUUUGUUCUUCUGGAAAACUUCGUGGAAAUGCGUUUAUCGACCACCUAGAAGGAAAGAGGCAGCACUUGGGCCUCCACAAGAACAAUCGCACUCGGUUCGGCCAUAGGUCUCCCCAAUGCUUCCCCCUCUGUGUACGAGAGGCAGUGGCCGCUUCUCGUGCCUUGGUGGGACAAAGUGAUCACCUUGCUCUGCAUCUAUCCUUUUCUGCAGGACGAAGACCUUAAGAGGGAAAAAGUGGGUACCCAACAUACUCAGGAAGAGACCGGUGAAUCGACUCCUAUCGGAGGAGCGAAUUCGGGCAACGGGACUGGAGCCGACGUCACAACGGGUGUACGCAUUGCUUUCACAGCUGAAAUGGUGAAGAAAGUGCGCAGUUACGUACCCAGAUACCUUCCUGCAGAAUCUCCAGAUGUGUAUGCUUAUGAAUGCACGGAGACUUGUUUACGUAGACUGCUAUUUCACUGUCACAUGAGAAAGUCCGUUCAGUGCCAAUAAAGUGGAAGGCCACAAAAGAGCUUCUCCUUCCAUAGGCUACUCGCACACCUCUGUAGUCUUACCUGCGAACGUUUCCUCUGGGAGGGUAGCUGCCUACGAUCAGCAGAGGCGGAGGUGGAGCGCCAGAAGAGCAUUUAGAGACUCACCUGUACAUAGGGAGUGUAUAGCCACGGUCUAGAUCCACAUUGCACUGCAUUUGUAGCAUAUUUUACUCUUACGCCGUAAACCUGAAACUCCAUCAAUCGUAAUUUAAACCGAUAGAUGAGGCAAGGCGCAUUUUUGAUACAGGUGUACUUCAUACGAGGUCAACCAAACGAAGAGGCUUUGUGACGAGUUCAUCGUCUCUAGACACCACUAGUCUCCCCAAUGACAACAGUGCUUGGCUGGAAGUCGUGCAUUCGCUGUGAACAACCGUGCCUAAUAGUUACCGGGUUGAUUUUGUGUUUCCGAGUGUAAAUUCGAGCUGAAAUCAAUGAGGCAGAGACUCAUUGCAACUCGUCUCAUCUUGACGUGGCAGGAAGGGAGCGUGCAGUCAGUGUGUCGCUAAAAAAAGAAUUGUACGGGCAGACAGCCCAAACAGUUUUCUGUCAGCCCGAAUGUUCAUAAGCAUAAACAGGUACGUCAAUGAAGUCCCUCAUGAAUUGUCCCUCUUGAAGCUCACUGGCGCGUGAGUCUGUCAAAAACGGUAGCGGUAGCUGUGUCUUCAGGUAUUGUGGCGAGCCAGGUACGUGGCUGUGAACUCGAGAAAGACACACAUCAAUACCCGCACAGUCGAUGGGUUGGAGAUGGUGUCCACUGGUUGCUUGUUGAUUUUCGUUUGCUCAAGAGGCAAUCAGCUGUGGCAUAUUCCCACACUCUCCUCAUCUCGGCUUGUUCAUCCAGUUUAUUCAGUCUCUCUCGUUGAGGAGGUCCGAACAUGUUCUGCCUUUGCACCGGAGCAGAAGAAAUCGGCAGCUCUGCGCACUACCGAAACUCUAAACACGGCUGAACUCGGAACAAGGACAUCCCCUUCUCCAAAUUCCAUAUGCAUUUACACGCGUGAAUACGUGGUUCCACUGUUUAGGUGUCGACUUCUGUGUUGUGCAUUUCCACGUCGGGCAAGAGCGGAGCUUCGUUUGCUUCCAGUGGGUCCAGAUGCUCGCUCUCGCGUUGGUGCCUGGCUACUUCAGCAUGAGGAAGUGCCGCACUGUUUCGACAUCCGGAUUUUUGUGCCUUCCUGUCGAUUCGAGCGUUCUUGACCAAGACACAAAUUCUUGUGGAGCGGCACACGGAGACUAGAUUCUCGAGGGGAUCACAGAUUCUGCCAGUGUCGCCUCUUCGGGGUGGCUCUUGAAGUGCGUAGCCCUUUCAGAGUAUCGUUAAACACACCUGUUGCAAGACAUGAAGACUUUCUUUCAGACGUGAACGUGCGUACAUUCGCGUUCGAUAGUCGGAAUCGGCCUCAACAUGCCCACCCACCCGCGCCCAUUUUCUCUUUCAAAUUUCCUUCCUCCAUUCCUGUUUCAAAUUCGUUAUCUCCCUGUCAUGAGCUUUGCUCCUCCCUUCCUGGAAAAACCAUGUCUCGCUGAGAAACAGCUGUUGUUUUUUCGUCAACACCCGAGGCACAACGUCCUCGGCGUGUUGAUUUUUCAGACACCACCGUCACGCUCGAUGCUUGCGACUUUUCGCAUCUGGCGAAUCUCACCGAAUCUGUGGUGACAUUUCACCAGGUUGCCCGUCUUUCCUCUCCUCCUUUUCUUCUUACGAGAGAGCCUCGCUCAGAUUUUUUCCAUGUCUCUGGCCUCUCCUGCGACUCUGUGGUCGGUGUGUAAGUCGCUUCUACUGCGGUUCCGUGCGUGUGUCUUCUCCCCCCAACAGAGAAGAGACGCAACGUGACGAGGCCGUGUCUGUAACGUAGAAACAAAGCAGGGAAGCACUCCUUUUCCGUUUCCUGUCAAACUCUCCAGACUUCCUCUCGACUCCCUUCUCGGGACGACAGCGUCGAGGGCCGCCGGUGCGAAAUGGUGGUCUCUGUCUGAAUUUCUUUCUCCCGCCACGACUCCUCUCGGACAAAGUCCCGGAGACGAAUAUAGAACCACCCCGUCUUCCUUUUUGCGACUCUGGCUUUUACGUGCUUGCAUGCGCCGCCUUUAAAAGAAUUUCACAAGAGUUCUUGGAACAUCCUCCGUCCAUGCAGGUCAAUCGCUUGCGUCCACAGGUCUGGUGCGCUGGAAUGGUAGAUGUCUGCGGCGUUGUGUAGAAAAUUUUUGCAUCUAAACAUGAAGCUUUGCCGAGGAAAUCGGUCGAUUCAGGUCUUGUGAAGACGCGCUUGUGGGUAAAGAGAAGCUCGCGUUGGGAAUGACGUAAAAAGCUUGUGAAGAAAUUGGUGUGCACAGCGGAUGAUUCCAGCUGCCUUCUGCUGUUCUGCUGUUCCUGUCUUUAUGCUGUGGUACCAUUUGUCACCUGGGCUUGUUCACUUGUCUUUUCUUCGGUGUGAAACUCCCUCGAAAGAGGCGCCUGCUUCUGUGUCUCUGCCUUGGCCACACGAGCCGCACCGCGGUUCCUCGUCUCCCGAGACGACAGCGGUUUCUCGCGGAGACUACAAAUGUCUCAGUUUCUGUCUCUCGUCAACUGUUUUUGUCCUCCACUCAGCUACCGCGAACCAUCAGUCGGACUCUGCCUGAGGUAUUGCACUCUGUCGACUCUUUUUUCCUGGAUUGCCCGCAGAGACCCCGAAACUCGACCCCAUCGCGUCUUCUCCCUCUUUCUCUCUUUCUCUCUUCUUCUCGCGCUGUCUCCACGCCUCCUUUCUUCGGCCAGUGUUGUCCGUCUCGGUCCUCCCAUCUGAUGCUGCUGUCGCUGCUCUGGCUUCAUGCCCGUGGCCACAAUUUCGCCGUUCUCCCGCGAGCGGCGACCUGCCGGGGUGUCGCCCACCGCGUCGGGGUGCAGGAGACAGUCGAGCGCCUCAGUGGAGUCGCAUGUCUCCGCGUCGAAGGAGGCGGACAGGUCGCGAGCUUCUCUCCCUUCUUCCUGUUCGUUCUCGCUGGAACGCGACGAUGAGUCUCCGGCGUCCACGCGUCGUCGCCUGCCGCUGGGGCCGACAACGCCCGAGUCGCCAGCGUCCGUCUCUGUCUCUCUUUCGCCCACACAGGGACAGCAGAGGGCGGUGAAGGCGCGAAGGAUUUCUGCGUCUCUCCGGACAGAGGACGAGGAAAAACGCUCAAGUCGCGACAUGCCUUGGCACCUCUCCAAAAGGCACAGAGACGCGUGGGCGGCCUCUCGAAAGCAGACUCGGCGCAGAUCCAUCGACGCAGCUUCGAGAGCUUCUUCCUCUUGGCAAUCCUCUGCUUCUUCUCUCGCUGUGGUUCCUCUCGCCUCGGGAAGAGAUGCGAAACGCGAAGGAAUGAGAGGAGACCUCUUGAUCGCGCUGCGAGGAACCGUGCUGCACCCCAUUUCGCUCCUGGCCUUCCACGGCGUCCGCCUGAAACACCAGGCUCUUGUGUCGCUGAAUCUGGUUGAGGCUUGCGCGAUUCUCGGACGCCUUCAAGCUGAGUCAGAACGCGCAGGCGAUCGCGAGACGCGAAGACACCACGUGACCGGAGACCUGGCGAACUCGCCUUCUCUCUUUCUGCUUUUCUGUCUCCUCUCGACAAUCGCACAAGUCCACCUAAGGCAGAUUCAACUUCUCCUUCGGGACCUGAAACUUCUCCGGUUGAAAGUGCAGAACGCCGAGGCUCCGGACCACGAGCUCCACAAGGACGACCCUUCUGUCGCUUCUUCUCCUCUUCCUUCGUCGUCGCUUUCUUCGCCUCGUCUUCUAUCUAGACGUAUUUACUCUUCUCGUCCUUCUUCUCUUUCUGCUGCGUCUGCUUCUCGCCAUCCAUGCCCCUGGGAGUUGCGUCCUCGUGUGCCUGUAGGCCAAGGGAUGCUCUCUGUCGAGCUGUACUAUGAAGCCUUGGCUUCAGGGCCUGGGAAGGCUUCGACCUUUCGCAGGCGAAAGCGGAAGAAGACCGCGAACGCGCCCCCAACCUCGAAAGGCGACCGAACGGACGCGUGGGCAGUUGCGCUCUUGCCGGAAGAUGCUGCAGACAAUUCCGCCGUUUCUUUCCUCGACCCCAAGACCGACGGGUCGGCCUUUUUCUUCGAGUCGCAGGCGCCUCUCAAGGCAGACGACGCAGACACUUCUGACCAGUCCUUCCUGGAAGAGACCCCCUUCAACUUCUCCGCUUCGGCGUUUCCCUUUUUUGACAACUGCGGAGAUCUCGUCGCGCUCUCUCGAGACAGCGCAGCGUACAUGUCGCUGCGUCGAAGUUCCACGUCCUCGUCGCUGUCGCUCCCGGAUUCACGGAGCGAAGAAGGUCGCACUCUGUUUGGACACAACGCGUUUUCUCUCCUGCGAGACCCGCGGUCGCCGCCGCUCGAGGACCCGGCUGUCGAUACACUUGAGCACGCAAGCACAACUUCCUCGGCUUUCCCGGUGCCGGCCAGCGGGCUCUUCAGGCGACCGGAAACGCAGAUCUCCACCCCGCUGCGAGGAGACGGCUUCUCCGCGAAUCACUCGGAGUUGUGGAACGCCGCGCCCAGAGACUUCCCCGUAGAAGACUUCCCCGAAGAAGAGGUCCCCAUCGGCGUCGCCGUCGACCCCCGGGUGGCCUCGCCGAUCCGCGUCGGCGGGGUGUAUGGUCAACGCGAGAGCGAAGGCAGCCGCCAGAGCGAACUGUCUUCUCACCUCUCCUCGCUGUCGCGGCCCAGCUCAGGGAAGGGAACACCCGACCGCCUCGGCGAUUUCCACGCAUGGCGAGGCUGGGCCGACGGAGACAGCGCCGGAGACCCGCAGAGUGGAGACAGGAGGCGCGUGAGUCUCUUCGACAUCCGAGCGUCCAGCGCCUUUCUCCGACACGACGACGGCGAGGACCCCGAAACUCGGAGAGACGACCUCUUGUUGAACGACCCGUUCUUCGACGACAACGAGUUCUUCUUGCCUCACGACGCGAGCAGAGGAGAAGUCGGAGAGCAGGCGGUCUCCACACGGUCCCGAGAGACACGCGCAGAGACAGGAACGGAGACCCGGGCGUCGGGAGACUCCCCAGUGCUUGCCUUGCCUUGGGAGGAGACAGAUGGGGGAGAAAAGAGAGAAGCGCGAGAAGGCGGGGACGGGAGGAAGCGGCUGAAGGGAGAGAAACAGAGUCUGCGCUUCACUUGGGAUGGCAACGAGGAGAGACUGGCGCGCAUUGCCUGGGGAAGCCGCGGCACCGGAGAGGCGGACUUGAAGACGCUGGGCGAGAAGCUUCUGAAUGCGGCUGCGGGGCAGGCGAAACGCAUCCUCGAAGAAGCAGAAGAGAGAGAAAGAGUUCUUCUUCUCCACGCAAGGAACGAGGCUCUACACAGCCGUCAGUGGAGCGCGCCGUGCUGUUCUCCGCAUUUGGAAGAAGAAUUAAAGAAGAGAAGGAGUGAGACAGAAAGGGCCGAGCAACUCGCGACGACACACGCAGGCGACGCAAGCGCGACAAAGACAAGGAAAAAGGGCAAGGACGCUGGAGAAAAUGACUGUGUCCUGGACCCUCGCGACGGUGGCUUGCAUGGAGGGGACCAGCUUCUUCAGCGACAUCUUUUCAAUUCGAUGUGGAGCCGAGCGCGAAUGUCGCGUGAGGACGUUGCAUGCAUGCAAGCGAGGCGUGAGACUCCGACCCUCUCCUGGGAGGUUGCCAAGUGGCAGACGCGGGCGCAGCGCGCCGGGGCGGCUGCGGCAAACUCGUGGACGUCUGCAGAUACCCUCAGCAGUGCAGGCUGCGUCGGGGAAGAGCGCAGGAGUGGGGAGAGCCAACGCAGCUUCUUGGAUCUGAGGACGCGCGUUUCUCCGCGGGCCUCCCGCGUCCUAGCUUCUCUCGCAGAUGCGGAGAGAAGAAGGGAGACUGGGAGGGACGCAGAGGACAGAGACGAGAGAGACGGACGAGCAGCGAAAGAGGACGAAGACGGGGAGUCGCGGGGGAGACGGGAUGGAGCCAGCACAAAACUUGGUGCGACAGGUCACCCAGAGCUGAGGGAAGAAGAUUCGUUUUCAGACGCCUUCCUCGGAAAUGAAUUCUUCGAGGCAAGCCCAGACGGUGCGGCUCACAUGUCCCUCUCGGAUGUGAGCCGCGCAGACGACCGCCUCGCUUCUUCCACUCAAGGCGAGAGAGAAGAGACGGUUCUUGCGCUGCAGCCCACGGAGGAAGAAAACGAAAUCGGUCCUUCUGCCUGGCAUCUCCUCGCCGUAGUGAAUCACCUCGCCGACGCUGCCGCUUCGUCUCGCCUUCGCUCCUCUGCAAGCCGUUCUCGUCUUCUCGGCUUGGGGAGCGAAAAAGAAUGUCAUGUUUCGUCGGAGGAAGGUAGCCCACCUGUUCCUCUUCAAUCGGUGAUUGCGGGACACAGCCGGAUGACUGCUGCCAGGGCGUUCCGCGACGCGUUGCUGCUGCAUGCAAAGGGAUUCAUCGACUUAGAGCAAAACUCGGAGUUCCAGACCCUUCCCGGAGACGCGGAGGGCCGGCAUGUCUUCGCUCCGGUGUACAUCCAGCUCAAACCGCAGCGAGGGGAGAAGACGGCGCGUUCCCCGUCCCUCGGGCCCUCCAGUCCAGGUCGUGGCGUGCCGCCUUCGUCUGUUGAUUUCGCGCCCGAUCUAGGGGAGAAGUCUUCGAGGGCCGGCUUUUUCGCUUCUUCCUCGACUGCGGCAAACAUUCGAGUGAAAGCAGAGAAUGUGAGAAAGGACGUUCACGCAGUGAAAGAAGAGUGGGAACCGCGAGAGGCGAGUGCGAGUCGCGGAGGGCGCUUAUCGCGAUUUCGCGAGGCCGGUGAAGAUGCCAACCCACACAGACAAUCUUCCGCUGUGCGUGGAGAAGAGCAAGAUGUACGUGAAGAUGCAGGUGAGGCUUCCUGGCCUCUGCCAGAGUUCAGACGAAAAAACGCUUCGGAGAGAAAAGAGAGAAGAGAGAGAGAGCGAGACUCUCGAGGUUCCUCAAAGCAUGUCGCAAACCCGUUGUCGGGGAAACCCGGUGUUCGGCUGGAGGACUCUGGCGCCUCACGCGCCCGCGUCAAGGCUCCGAGGGAGCUGAGUGUGAAGCGAGAAGAAGAGAAGAAGCAGCUGACGAAGCAGGAGCGCGUGCGACAGUCUCAGUUGGCGGGACCGGACGGAGACAUCGUGGUUGAGAUCGAGGAUGAAGACCUGGAAACCUGCAUCUCUGCGAGUCUGGAAAGAAGGCGGCGUCAGGUGAGGCGUACCCAUUCUCGUUCUCCCUCGGUUGCUUCGACUCCGAGAGGCGACGCUAGCAAGCGACACCCGCUUCGUCCUUUCUCUUUCUCGUCUUCGUUUCUGUCCUCUCCCUCUCCAUGCAAAUCACAUGUUUCGACGGCACACGGGCAAGACAGAAGCCCCAGCGGAGACAGCUUGAGAGGCGAGGCUGAGAGCGAGCCGGCGGCGGAAACAACCGAGUUUGAACCGCUGCAGCAGCGAGGAGGCGAACGAGAGAAAGACAAAGAGGACGAAAACUUUGUCACAGACGAACAGGUGGAAGCGGCAGUGGAAGCCAUGGUGGCUCAGCUGCUUCACGGACUCAACGAGCAAGACAGGAUCCACUCUGGACAUCUUGUGGAUUGGUACAUCGAGGAGCAUGUGAGGCCAAGGCCAGAAGAAGAGGCAGCGCGAAGCGACUCAGAAAACACUGACAACGAGAGACAAUCAAGAGUUCCGCGCUCCGCCGCUGCUGUGUGGCGACGGAGGCUCCACGGUGCUCUAGAGACCCUUUUCGCAGAAGAAGUGAUUUGCGGAGAAGAGAUUCGGCAGACUGUCGACGAGGUUCCAGAACAGGGAGACACGAAUCUUCCGUAUCGUCUGUACUGGCUCACUGGGGUUGCGGCAAUCGAGGCACUGUCUCAAGAAGAGGAGGGGUAGAGCUGUUUACACCUGUGUGUUUUGUUCAGGAGAGAAGAACCAGCUUGACACGGUACGUAGAUUCCUCUUUUUAAGAUCAUUCUUCCCCGAGAGAAACCACCUAAAAACCCGAGGGUGCUGUUUGGCUGUCCAGACGGGUACACGGCGGCCCCCGUAACUCCGAGGGUUCGAAAGUCAGCACACGCGUGUAGAAAAGUUUAACUGCGCUGGAGAGACAAACAAGAGCAGAAAGAGAAGAACACCCUCCGUGAAACAGCGUACACCAGACGUUAAGAAACAGCGAAGAAACAAAAGCACUACGGAGGCAGUUUCAACGAACAGCUCGUGUGGCGCCCAUUCGAAAGUGACACGGCCAAGCAAUCGGCUUCGCCCACUUCUCAGCGGUUUCCGUGAUGGGUCUGGAAUUACACCAGUGGCGUUGCUCUAUUAUUAGGCUCAAUGUUGACGUCAGAAAAAGGCUUUGAUAUUGCCGCCUCAUUCCGAUAUUAGCUCCCUGUUUCUAUCGGCACUAAUAAUACUAUGGCAUGCUAUACCCCCGGAAGCUACUAUCUUACACCAUACCGACGGAUUGAUUCCAUGCGUAUACUACACCAGCACUGUUAAUGACCAAUGCUUCCAAGAAAACAAAUCCAACAAUUUCCGCUGUUCUGAGCAGUCCAGUGGGGUGGCGUUGAGUGUAAUGUGGGAUUCUCGUUGGCAUAACGCUAUGCCAGUAGAUGCGACGAACGUUCCUUAAGAACUGAAACAGCAGAUUAUGAUUAUGUCGUGGAACAAAAAAAGAGUCAAUUGUACGUCAACACUCGAUAACGUUUUUGCCCCAUAUCGGUGACCCAGUCCUCAAUUCGCCUGCUCCCGGCUACCUAGUCGAGUACUCAGACAAAGGCUCUGUCGUCCUAUCACGCUUCGUCAGUCUGCUGAACUACAAACUCCUACAUGUCUGCUCUUCGUAUCCUGUCCUAAAUAGAAUGAAUAUGACAAACCAGUGCACAACAGCACAUCUAAUUAAGCAUGUUAAAGAGGAAAACAACAUGAAGUGGCUGCCGUUCGUGCUCCGCGUAACUGGACUGAGCAGGCUCUGUCAAGUUGGUUCUUGCCGUUGCACAUGUGAUCAAACAAGGAUCAGAUCCGAAGCGCAGCACACUCACUUAUUGUGUCGAAAUCGAGAGAGGUGGCAACGUAGGGAUCCUGUCACGAUCACAGACACAGUCAUCGUCUUGCGCAGGUCGAAGUAUAGGCCAUUCAGCUUCUGUUCCCCUCACGCCUUUGGCAACGAAACGAUAGAUCCACCUUGACACACACUUUCAAAGUGCAGAAUACAAAGCCACCUGUAGGCGUGGGGAAGACGUUUGCGACAGUUCGUGUACGAAAAGUGUGAUAACGAUGAGUGCCCAAUGACGC